AUGCGUGCAAUUGGUUUGAGCUACGGAAAGGAAAGUCCAUCUUUGCGGAUGAGCUUUGAUUUCAAUUACGCUUUUCCGUUCGGAGCAGCAGCUUUGCUUGACUCAGGUGCUGGUGCAAUCCGAGUUGGUGCUGGUAUUUGGGAGCGGAUCAUGCUGGGUAUGCCAAACGGCUGCAGGCAAGAUGCUGGUGCCAUAGGCUGCCCUUGCAAGGACAAGGAAGAGCUUCCAACCCUCUCCAUGAGCUUGGAGACUGUUGCUGCCUUCUACGUUCUUGGCCUUGACAGUGGCGCAGACAUCAUCGUUUGUGUCCCGCCGAGUGCUUACGUCACAAAGAGCCAAACCAAAUCAGAUUGGUGCGAGCUGGCAAUUGUCAAUGGCGGAGAGCACCACACCAUCUUUGAUAUGGAGGCUGUAGUACUCGGGCUUCCGUUCUUCAGGUCUGUUAGUGUGACGUUUGAUGCUGCCAAUCGAGUGGUUGGUGUAGAGCCCGUUGCGGAUGCUUCGAGCUUGGGGCAGGCCGCCGUGUGCAGCGAUCCCAAAAACUGGUGGUCUACUGGACGGCGCUUCAGCCCAAAGCGAGUUGUUGUGGCGCUGAUGAUUGUGAUCAUGAUUGGCUCCUAUGUCUUUGUGGGUUUCUCACAAAGCAGAACGGCCGAACGGAUGCGGGCCCUGCUUGAAAGCGUCCUUGGUCCUGGCACGUUGUCAAAUCCGAGCCCAAAUGAAGAGAGGCCCUCUACUCAAUUCAUGCAGAUGGCAAACCGGAACCCUGAGUGA